GCUACAUAGCUUGCAGGUCGAGUUCAUUGCUGCCGAGGAUAAACGAGUUCUGCCCUUGAGUGUCCCAGCUGGAAUUUCCUCUCGGUCCCAUCAUCAUCCGCAUCCCCUCAAGUGGUAAAAAACUGAUCUUACAAGUUAGAAUGCCGGAGAAUACCACGACCAAUCCCGAGAAUCAGAACAAAGUUGAUCUACCGCAGAAGCUGUCGGACCUACAGAUUGAAGAGAUUCUUAGUUGUACCAAGGUCGAAGCGACGAACCCAUCCGACCAAGCCCAUCUGAACGAUAUUGAACUGGGCGACCUGGAUGAGAAAAUCGCAGAGAAGUUGGACCAGAUCAAGGCCAGGUCUGCCGCGCUGAUGUCGAACCCCAACGGCGAGAGCUCCAGAUGGCUGUUGAGACAAGAACCCGGUGCACCAAAGCGAAGAUGGCUAGUCGCUCGGAAUAUUGAAAACGAGGUAGAGAUCUCGGUAGAUCUGAUGGGUCUGGAGGGCAAGCCGGAGCAAGGCUAACUGGAAGUAUCUCUAGCACUUGCUUCUCAUCAAUUCCAUAGGGCCCACUCCAGAUUCCACGCACCGCCUCCCGUCCUACCUGGCGCACGUCUCUUUCACCUGAUUCGAUACUCGUCAUAUCUACUCAACAUACAACUCAUUCAAAUCAUCUUUAGCUAGAGAGAGAGUCACCCCAUCUUGCAAAAAGUCCGACCACAUUGAUCACACCCCUCGUUUCCAUGCCCCCAACUCACGCCCCUCGCUUGUAUGCCACUGACGCUGCGUAUCAUUCUAUAAUUUCAACCACACUUGGGCGCAUCACGAAGACGGGAAACUCACUCUCACUCAUCGGGAAGCUUACGAAGAGUUGAGGUCUAAACCCCGUCGAGGUGAAGCUCUGGGUCGAUAAACUGCCAUCUAAAAGUCGCGGCUAGAGGACAUACUCCAUACAUGCUUUUCAUUACUGUCUAGUUCCAUGCCGCUUCGAAGUGAAAUAUUUGAAAUCUUUCAAGUCAAUCUGUCCAUAACCAUUGCAAUCUCACACAUAUUUUCGCUGUUUCAACCUUCAGUUUACUGGCAUAAAAGUAGUCAAACAGUCCAACAUGGAACAUUUUAUAGAAUUUGUCAUUCAUAUUUGUACUAUAUACAUUUAUUUUAUCCCAUUGUUCACCUGCGAAUUGAUGGCUUGUUAUUUAUCCAACCGUUACAAAU